UCCACACUUCACCAGCUGGGGGCGGUAAUGUUAAAAAAAUAAUGCGGCAGCCUCGUCCAGAGAAGAAGAAAACAAACUGAAUGGCGGCGGCUCAGAUGAUCUUGCAGAUGUUCGAGGAGGAGGAACUCUUAAUCCUCAGCUUGCUGGCUAAAAGGCGACGGAAGAGACGGUGGUCAGUUCGUCCUCCCAACGAGGACAGGAGUGUCCUGGGAGAAUUCAGCGUCCUGGUGAAACCCAUGAGGACGCUGGACGAGGGGAUGCACUUCAGCUAUUUUGGGAUGUCUGCGCAUCGGUUCGACGACCUGCUCCGCCGGGUCGAGCCGUUCAUUCGCCACGACAGGACCCACAGCAGCCCGGUGGGUGUGCAGGAGAGGCUGGCGGUCACUCUGAGGCUGCUGGCGUCCGGAAGCAGCCAGAAAUGUGUCGCUGACAGCUACAAGCUGGGGGUGACCACCGUGUCCCGCAUCGUGUCUGAGAUGUGCUCGGCCAUCUGGCAGGCGCUGGAGGAGGACUAUGUGUCUCUGCCUAAAGGGACUGAAUGGACGGAUAUCGCACAGGACUUCUGGAGACUGUGGGACUUCCCUAACUGUGUGGGUUGUAUAGACGACAGACGCGUUAGCAUCAGGACAGGCAGUGACUCUGUCCACUGUAACGGCGCACAGUCCAUUGACUUGUUCGCCGCCUGUGACGCGCACCACCGGUUCACGGUGGUGGACAUUGCAUCAUAUGACUGUGAGAACGAGAGGAGGGUUUUCCGCAUCAGUCGCUUUGGGUCGAGACUCGUGCAGAAAACUCUGGAGCUCCCACAACCUGUGACCCUGCCCGGCUCCAGCACCAGGCUGCCCCAUGUCUUCCUGGGAGAUGCUGCCUUCCCUCUGCACGAGAACUUAAUGCGGCCAUACUCAGGUGUCAAUCUGGAUGAUGCUCAGAAGACCUACAACUGCCGCCACUCAAGGGCCCUGAGGGUCAUUGAAAACACUUUUGGCAUCUUGGUCGCACGCUGGAAGAUUCUGGGUAGGCCCAUUGAAUAUAACCCAGAAAAGGCUGUGGACGUCGUGAAGGCGUGUGUUGCCCUCCACAACAUGCUUGCACACAGUGAUGUUGCAGAUUCUCCAAUGUGCCGCCGCUACAUCCCACCCAACUUCACGGACAACACAGCGGCAUCGGGUGAACUCAUACCUGGUGAGUGGAGGAGCCUUGUGACAAGACACACUAACCUGAGAGACCCAGGGAGAGUCUGCUGCACACGUGCAUCCCAUGCUGCAAUUGCGGCGAGGAAUAACCUGAAAUCAUUUUUCCUAACAUCGCAAGGACUCUUAUCCAUGUAAUUCAGAGAGGUUCCCUGAACUGAAGUGGCCUUGUUGAUUGUGCAAUAAAAUAUUUAGCUAAAUUGUG